AUGGGAGCCUUUUUGAACAAACCCGAGACUAAGAAAUAUAAUGAAAGCGGAGAAGGUAACGGUCUACGCUAUGGCGUGGCGUCGAUGCAGGGUUGGCGUGUGGAAAUGGAAGAUGCUCAUCAUGCGCAGCUUACUUUGAACGGUACGCUGUCUGACUGGUCUUACUUCGCGGUAUUUGAUGGACAUGCAGGUGCGCGUGUUUCAGCUCAUUGUGCAGAAAACCUGCUGGAAUGUAUCUUACAAACGGAUGAGUUUCGGCGGGAGGAAAUAGCCGAGGCGAUACGCGCUGGCUUUUUAGACCUCGAUAAAAAGAUGAGGGAGCUGCCUGAACUAUCCAACGGCGAAGAAAAGUCUGGUUCAACUGCGGUGUGCGCUUUCGUAUCACCCAAACAGAUAUACAUAGCUAAUUGUGGUGAUUCCCGUGCUGUACUUGCAAGAAAUGGCGCGCCGAUAUUUGCAACACGUGAUCAUAAGCCAGAGCUUCCUUCAGAGAAGUCACGUAUAGUACAAGCUGGAGGCUCGGUCAUGAUUCAACGCGUGAAUGGAAGCUUGGCUGUAUCACGGGCACUCGGCGACUAUGAGUACAAGAAGGUGCUAGACCGUGGUCCAUGUGAACAGCUAGUAUCACCUGAACCUGAAGUGUCUGUCCUUGAGCGGUCAGAAUCCGAGGAUGAGUUCCUGGUGCUGGCAUGUGAUGGAGUUUGGGAUGUGAUGAGCAAUGAAGCAUUGUGUGCAUAUGUCCACUCUUUACUCCAGCUUACAGAUGACCUUGUGGCCAUAACAAACCAGGUCAUUGAUACCUGCCUUUAUAAGGGCAGUAAGGACAACAUGAGCAUUGUUUUGGUGGUGUUCCCAGCCGCACCAAAGCCGAGCGCCGAAGCCCAACGUGCUGAUCGGGAACUCGACGAGACGUUGCGACAGAGGCUCACAGCCUUGAUCGAGCGCAAUGCUGGUAACGAAGAGCGAGAGGACACGACGUGCCACUUCUCUACAGUGUUGAAGCAGCUCGUGGAGGAGAAUAUACCCGGGUUGCCACCAGGCGGCGGUCUCGCAGCCAAGCAAGCGCUCCUUGACAAGAUAUACAGGGAGUACUAUCCGGAGCACGCGGACAGCACUGAGACGUUUGACUGCCAGGCCGAGCUGGCGGACGCGUUCGGUGCCAACUGA